AUGCAAUUGAUAUUGAGAGUAAUAUCUUUAUUGCAAUUGAUUGCAAUCAUUGUGGCUGUCAAAGUCAGUCCUUUACCAGCUCCUAGAAAUAUAACCUGGGGAACCGAUGGUCCAAUUCAAAUCAAUGUCCCAAGUUUAACCAUUCAAUUAAAUCAAGACAAUAAUCUCCUUUCCGAUGCAUUCGUUAGAAUCAAAGGUUCAAUCGAAUCAUUGAAAUGGUAUCCUGCUGCCACUGAAGGUCCAAUGUCUUCCAUGCAACCAUUCCCUACUGCUACUAAUCUUAAAAAAAGAUUCGAUAAAAGAUAUAGUGGUAUUUCAACCAUUGAAAUUAAUGUUGAUGAUUUCGAUGCUGCUUUACAAUUAGGGGUCAAUGAAACAUAUACUAUUGAUGUAACUCCAUCAGGAAUUUCGGUUAAUGCCGCUACAAUUUGGGGUGCCUUACAUUCUUUAACUACCUUACAACAAAUGAUUAUUUAUGAUAAUAAUAAUUAUAUCAUUGAAGAUUCAGUAUCUAUUUGGGAUGCACCUUUAUUUCCUCAUCGUGGUUUAUUAAUUGAUACCGGUAGAAAUUUCAUUUCAGUGGCUAAAAUUCAAGAACAAAUUGAUAUUAUGUCUUUAAGUAAAUUAAAUUCUUUACAUAUUCAUUUUGAAGAUACUUCAAGUUGGCCACUUUAUUUAGAAACUUAUCCUGAAUUAACUAAUGAUGCUUAUUCCGCUCGUGAAAUUUAUCAAACUUCAGAUAUCGUUAAUUUAAUUAUUUAUGCUCAAAAUAGAGGGGUAAGAAUCAUUCCUGAAAUUGAUGCCCCAGCUCAUGCUAGAGCAGGAUGGCAACAAAUCGAUCCUGCAUUGAUUGCGUGUGGUGAAAGUUGGUGGUCAAAUGAUGUUUACUCAUUAGCAACUUCACUUGAACCACCUCCAGGUCAAUUGGAUGUAUUAUAUCCAAAGACUUAUGAAGUUUUAGAUAAUAUUUAUCAAGAAUUAGGAACUCUUUUCCCCGAUAAUGUAUUCCAUAUUGGAGGUGAUGAAAUUUUUGGUGGUUGUUAUAAUUUCUCAUCAACAGUUCAAGCUUGGUUAGCUGCCAAUACUUCAAGAACUUAUACUGAUUUAGCUCAAGUAUACUUAGAUCAAGCUAUUCCAAUAUAUUUACAAAAACAAGGAAGAAAAUUAAUCAUGUGGGAAGAUAUGGUUUUAAAUGGUAAUACUGUUCCAAAAGAUUCUGUUAUUUUACAAUCUUGGAAUGGAGCUCAAUAUGUUCCUGAAUUAGUUGAAAAAGGUUAUGAUGUCAUUGUAUCUUCGGCUGAUCAUUUCUAUCUUGAUUGUGGUUAUGGUGGUUGGAUUACUAAUGAUCCAAGAUAUCUUGAUAUUGAUGCUAAUGAAGCUUUCAAUAACGGAAAUGGUGGUUCAUGGUGUAAUCCUUAUAAAACAUGGCAAAGAAUUUAUGAUUAUGAUUUCACCGCUAAUUUAACUGAUGAACAAGCUCAACAUGUGUUAGGGGCUGAAGUUGCCUUAUGGUCUGAACAAGUUGAUUCAGCAGUUGUCACUCAAAAGAUUUGGCCAAGAGCUGCUGCCUUGGCUGAAUCAACUUGGAGUGGUAAUAGAGAUCCAACUACCGGUUAUUUAAGAACCACUGACUUAACCCAAAGAAUUCUUAAUUUCAGAGAAUAUUUAGUUGCUUUAGGUUAUCCUGCUUCUCCAUUAGUUCCAAAGUAUUGUUAUGUUAAUCCUCAUGCUUGUGAUUUCUAUAAAAAUCAAACUAUUUUAGAUGAAUUUGGUUUACACCAAACUUAA